AUGUUACUACGUUCCAUUAUAAGAUAAACGUUCAAGAUGUGUGUCCAUGUGGCGCAGCACUAACCGUGCCACCUAAAUAUAAAAAAAAAAAAAAAAGACAUCCGCCCCCACAUCCACAACGACCUUGCUCCGCCACCCACAAAUAAUUUUAGCCCCGAUGCACUGCUUAUGCUAUUCUUAGGAAGCUAGCUUAAGUCUAAUACUUUUAGCUACCCACUUAUGUUUUCCACCUUACGAUUCUAUCGACGUUUUAUAAAAAUUCUAUCUGUCCUGCCAUUUACUCGGGAAUAUUGCAAAAUCCGUAUUUUUCUUAUGAGAAAAUGCAAAUUCUCGACCUACCAAAGGAGCUCUUCAGGGAGAUUAUUGAGUCUGUCGUUAUCCUAUCCGGAGUCUCCGGUUCUUUGCACUUGCGCCUAGUCUGCAAGACUUUCGGCUACGAGAUUCAGGAAGCAUUGUUUAGUACUCGCUGUAUUCUGACCUUUAGAGACGCGCGAUUCCUGGCAGCGAGCUCAAUGUGGACUUGGCCUUUAUUAUCACACGCAUUGUACACCCAGCUGUUCGGGAAAAACAACCAUGGCUGCCGCAUCGCGCUCUUCGUGCGAACCACUACCAGCGCUAUAAUGGCUAUCCAUACCAGUGGAGAAAAAGAAGAAAACAGCGAAGAGCGUUUCACGCAGGCUGCAUGUGCUUGUCUUGUAGCCCUCGGCGCUGGUGCUAUACUCGUGCAUCUUGACGGCAGCAGCAGGGAAACUUUCCCUUGUUGGGAUCUCGAGUUUGAGCAAAACUUCGAGAUUAAAGAGCAUGACUGCCUCGAAGCCGAGUGCUUAACACUCGCCGCAUAUGUUGGCGAUACAGCACUCUUCGGCGAUUUCUGCAAGAUCAUUAGCAGUAAAUAUGGCGAUACAAGCCUGCGACUCGAUCUUCACACCCGUUUCGGAAUACCGCUCUGGGCGGCCACUAUACAAGGACACACAGAAAUUAUGAGGUACCUCUUGAAGAGUGGGAAGCAACAUGGUGUUGCCCGUUGUUUCGAAAACGACGGACAACCAAACCAUUCUAGACGACCUGUUCCUAGCCCCUUUGUUGCAGCCACCGCAUCAGCCUUGGAGGGCAAAAAGGACGCCCUCAGUCUGCUUCUAGAUCCCGAGUAUGGCUAUGAAGCCGCAACGUGGGAAAUGAGGGAAGCUAUGGUUUUAGCCUCGCGAGCAAAUAAUGUCAGUGUUCUGUCAUUUCUGCUCGCUCAAUGGAACGAGAAAAGUGUCGAUGCUGAGCCACUCUGGAGUGACUACGCUCUGGAUAUGGCUCUAGUCGAGAGCUGUUCUGGAGGAGCACAUUCCACUGCACGGGUCUUGCUGCAAGCUGGUGCGGACCCAGAUGCGGCGGGAGGAGAUAACCGCACAUGCCUACAGCAUGCGGCCAGGUCGGGUAACUUAACACUCGUUCGAAUGCUGUUGAACGAGGAUGCCAGCAUGGUCCCCGCUCGAGUACACUACUCCCCCUCCUCGAACGAAUACAUACUCUCCAGCAAAUGUCCAAAUGCGAUACAAGAGGCAAAGAAGCGCGGCUUCAACCAUAUCGUCGAAGUGCUAGAAGAAAUCAAGGUGGCCCGAGGCUAUAAGAUGAGCGGGCUUGAGUACACUCUAGCUCCUAGAGUUGCGAACAAUCCAAGUGGAAGACCUAUGCCUCAUUUGGCAAAAAAGGUCGAGUAUUUACGCCCGACAAAGCCGAGAAGGUACUCUAUAGAAAUUGAGAUGUAG